UUGUUAUCUGCAGGAGGCUUUUCCACUGUGUUUUUGGUGCGCACUCAUGGGGGGAUGCGUUGUGCUCUGAAGAGAAUGUAUGUCAACAAUGUGCCUGACCUUAAUGUUUGCAAGAGAGAAAUAACUAUUAUGAAAGAACUAUCAGGACAUAAAAAUAUCGUUGGAUAUAUAGACUGUGCCAUUAAUUCUACCAAUGAUAAUGUCUGGGAGAUCCUUAUCCUAAUGGAAUAUUGUAGAGCUGGACAAGUUGUAAAUCAAAUGAAUCAGAGGCUACAGUCUGGGUUUACGGAGGCCGAGGUUUUGAGGAUAUUCUGUGACACAUGUGAAGCUGUUGCAAGACUUCAUCAGUGCAAAACUCCAAUUGUGCAUCGAGAUCUAAAGGUUGAAAACAUUCUGCUAAAUGACAGCGGGAAUUAUGUGCUAUGUGACUUUGGUAGUGCAACAAACAGAUUUCUCAACCCUCAAAAGUGAUGGAGUAAACAUAGUAGAAGAGGAAAUUAAAAAAUAUACCACUCUCUCAUACAGAGCUCCUGAAAUGAUCAACCUUUAUGGGGGAAAGAAGAUUACCACAAAGGCAGAUAUCUGGGCUCUCGGCUGUUUAUUAUACAAACUAUGUUUUUUCACACUUCCAUUUGGAGAAAGCCAGGUUGCCAUCUGUGAUGGAAGCUUCACCAUCCCUGACAACUCUCGAUGUAAUCACAGAUUGCAUUGUUUAAUUAGGUAUAUGUUGGAACCUGAUCAGGAACGAAGACCUGACAUCUACCAAGUGUCAUACCUUGCCUUUAUUCUGGCCAAGAGAGACUGUCCAGUACCUAAUGUAUAUAAUUCUACAAUUCCCCAAUCUUUACCUGAGCCAAUGACAGCGAGUGAGGCAGCUUCUAAAAAGAGUCAAAUUAAAACCAGAAUAACUGACUCACUGGGGCCUACAGAGACAUCCAUUGCUCCAAGACAGAGACCAAAGGCAUUUGCUGGCACAGCUGCAACAAAGGUGCUACAUUUCCAAAGUUCUGCAACCCCAGUCAAGAUGGCAAUGCAGAGUCCUCCAAAUCAAACCUCCAAUGCAUCCACAGACACAACAGCAAGAUUUGGUCAUGUACCUGAAACAGUUAUGGCUCAGGAUGGUAACCAGCAGCCCCCACAGCAGCAGCACAGGGUUUUACAGCAAUUGCAGCAAGGUGACUGGAGACUACAACAGUUUCACCAGUUACAGCAACAGCAGCUCAUCCAGGAAGCCUACAUGAAGCAGUAUCAACAAGCAUUUCAGCACCAAAUUCUUCAGCAACAAUAUUUAAUGCAGUCCCUAUACCAGCAACAACACCUUCCUCCUCAAUAUGCAGCCAUGGUUCACCACUACCAACAGGCCCAGUUACUGCAACAGCAGCAACUUCAACAGCAACAACAGGUUUUAGUACAGCAGCAGCCUCACCUUCCUCGGUAUCUGACAUCUCCUCAGGAGUUCACACCAGCCUUAGUUUCCACAUCCCAACCUGAACAUGUGGGAAUUGUGAGAAGUAACACCUGCAUGUCUUUGGGUGUCCCAGACAAGGAGCCUGUAUCCAGUUUACCAAAACAGAAUACCAACAAUCCUCCUGAUAUGUCUGGCUGGAAUCCUUUUGGGGAUGACAACUUCUCCAAAUUAACAGAGGAAGAGCUGCUGGACAGGGAGUUUGACCUGCUAAGAUCAAAUAAAAUCAAGGAGGGCAGAGAAUCCACCACUGCCAUCCCUGUCUUGCAAAACAAACAUUCUGAGGAUGCAUUUGGUUCUGUUCCGUUUAUUUCUGCUUCAGAUUCCUAUGGGAAAAUAUCUGAAAAAGUAGCUGAUAGUGUUGCUGAAGUCCCAAACAAAGAUAUAAAACAGAAUGACUCUUUAAAAGAGCAGAAGCAGUGUCAGAAAGCAGAAGAGUCUGCCUCUGAAAAGACUGUGAAAGAAAGAGCAGACUCUGAGAGUGAUUUUGAAUCAGAUCCCCCUUCCCCCAAAAGCAGUGAAGAAGAGGAUCAGGAAGAUGAAGUGUUACAAGCAGAUCAAGGAGUCUUUCAUGAAGACAAUGACACCGAACCAGAAAAUACUGGGCAGAGACCUUUGUUAAUGGAUUCUGAUGAAGAGGAGGAAGAAGAAAAAAAGCACAGUUCAGACUCAGACUAUGAACGCACUAAAGCAAAGACCUCUAGUCUGAAUGCUAACAGUAGCAGGCAGACAAAAGCUACAGAAAGUCAUCACAGGGAAAAUACCACUCAGACACUUAACAAAAACAAUGUGAGAAACCUAGAUAAACAACAACUAGAUGCUUUUGGGGCUGUGCCAUUUUUCUGCAUUAACACUAAAAAUAAAGAAUCCGAUGAGCAACGCCUCAAGAAUCCUCCCACUACAUUAAGGAACAAAAAAGAACUAGAUGACUUUGAUGUGUUCUCACAAGCACCAUUUAGUAGGAAACAUGAUCAGCAGGAUGGUCAGGUCACUUCUCCUGUUUCUUCUGGUAAUGUGGACAUGUUUGGGUGCUCACCCUUCCAGCCUGUUCCUACACAAGAAACAAUGUCAUCUAAUGAGCAGGACCUUUUUGGGCUGGUGCCUUUUGAUGAAAUAGCUGAAAGUCAGACACUACACAAAGUUAAGCAGCAACGCAACAUGCAAAAGAUAUCCUCUCGCCAGAGACGUAUGAAACAAGAGCCAGCAAACAACAAUGGCAAACGUCAUCAUGGCACUCCUUCAAGCACAAAGAAAACCAUCAAGCCCAGUUACCGCACUCCAGAAAAAGUCCGUCGGCACAAAAAAGGAGGGAGACGGGACUCCCAAAGCAGCAAUGAGUUUCUCACAAUAUCAGACUCAAAGGAAAAUAUUAGCAUUUCCCUUACAGAUGUGAAGGAUCGUAACAACAUCUUGCAAACAGAUGAAACCAUGGUGGACCCUUUUGGUGCCAAACCCUUUCAUCCACAAGAUUUGAAACAACCACAGCAUCAUGGACUUCCAGAUUUCCGUGGAGACCAUCACUCAGCAGCAGCUGGCAGACCAAGACAGAGCUCACUACAUGGAGCAUAUCUUAGUAGUGAUAAUGUCAAAAUGGAUGACUUUGGUGCAGUGCCUUUCACAGAAUUAGUGUUACAAAGUGUAACACACCAACAAAGCCAGCAAACCCAGGCACAGCCAUUAGAUUUAGACCCAUUUGGUGCAGCUCCUUUUCCUUCAAAACAAUAG